CCGCUCAGAUUGAUUCCAAUCUCCCAAGUAAUCUGAUUAACCAUGGAUAAACGACUUUAUUGUUCGUUGUGAAUAGGAAUAAGGCAGACCUGUGUUUACACAGCUCAUUGCUCUUCGGCCGUUAAACCACUCUGUUUUAAGACUUAGUUUCUGUAAAAUACGUCUAGAAACGUACAGCAAAUACAUCCAGGCCUACGCAUAUCAUACAAUAUAGAUUCAAAAUAAAUUCCACGAACCAAGAUUCGCCGGCGCAUCGCCCGAUAUCACUAAUUCAGGAUGAUGAACAGGACAAAAGUCCAAUGGUCCUUUGUGUUUUUCAUCCGCCCGACGUGGUUCGAACCCAUUGUCAAAUUCCGGUUUUAAUAUACGGUGUUUGCAUCGGUUUACUAGCUAUUGAUUCGUUGUUUCGAUACGAGGCAGAAAUACAUGUAUGUAGAUAGACGUACUUUCAUACUCGUAUCACUUUGACAAAAACUGUUUAAUAAAAUUAUUCGCGCACGGUUAUCCAGGAAUGGCUUCGCCAAUUUCGUACACAAAGGGUGGCCUUUUUUAUUUCGCCAAGAAUAUUCCAAAUUUAAAAAGUUUUUUAAAAAGAAAUAAAUGUUUUUAUAGGUCUUUCAAAUUUUCGUAAUAUGAGGUUGGCAGAAUAUGAUCGAACGCAUGAUUCUCGUAAGUUUUUCCCCCUUAUAAUCGAAAUCACGAAAUAGCGCAAGCUCCUAUCGUAAAAUCGCACACCGGACAUAUUUUUCAUAAAGCUUUCAGAGGCGCGGUCCGAUUCGCAGCAUUAACGCCGUCUCCGUUAAUCCAUGGCAUUGUGGUGGAGAAUACGACUCAAUAUUUGCUUGGCUGUAGACCGGCUUAUCUGUUGCACGUCAUUCAUCGUGAUUGAAAAAGGAAUCAGCCGUUCGCGGACUAAAUUUACUUGCUUAACAUUUUAAAUCCCGUUCAAUCAAGUCUUGUAUCUUUUGUUUCCACAUAAUUACAGCCUGUAUUAUCUUUUCGUAAAGCCGACGGAUGUGAUUCACUCGAGAAUUCUGAUAUCUCAGCUAAUUAACAUCGAUUUAUACAUACAUAUAUCCGUUACGGAGCUGUCGUUCUGCCUGGGUUCAGGUGGUACCAAAGAUAUUGCCGGAGCAUAAUACGAUACAUCGCGGUGGAAUAUCGGCACGCUUGAAUUUGCCAACAUAGUGAAACGUAUCGUUGCGAGGUAGAAACUAUUGAUGAGCGCUCGUCAUUGAAACGAUCUCGUGUAGAGUGAAAAUGGGAAAUAAUCAAUUAGGCAAUUUAAAUGACGCGAGUACGGAAUUGAAAAGAACACCGUGAAACAAAACGCCGAGCACCCAACUGUCAGCACUGCAAAUUGCCCCUGAAGUAAUAAACAUAUUUGUCUCAGAAAUUGCGUACCAAAGGCAUUGAAGAGACACGGUCGAUGCCACCAACGUCUGUGCCAUGCGCAAGGAAUCCAACUGUACAUCGGAAGCAGUGAGAUGACAAUAAUAUGUUCUGAUCCGGUCGCAGCUGUUCUCCGAGACGUAAUUAGAACGUUAAAUUAAUGAAAUUUCAUUAUCGAGAAAGCAGUGCAAUGGAGGAAAGGAGAAACAGUCGGAUGCAUAAAGGAUACCGACUAUAUCCAGUGCGAACUCUUUUCGAGCGCUGUACGAUUUGGUUAGAAUUUUUCAUUCACUCCAUCGCACAAGGCCCUGUCAUAGAAAUACCGUCCCGGGUUACCAUGGAUAAUCUCUACUGCUGGCUCUACGGAAUGGGUGUGCAAAAUUUAAACUCAACGGACUGCAACCGAACUUGCAAGGCAAACGGGACCAGCAGAGUCUGCGUUUACACAUUCGUCCUCGAGCACUAUCACGCCAUGGGUUCUGCUUGUGGAAACUGCUCUCGUGGCGUCCUGGAGGACUGCAUGCACCCGCAGUGCAUCACUGGAGACGGUACAGAGCGCGGUCUGAUGUCUAUCAACAGGAUGGGAAUCGGGCCAAGCAUUCAGGUUUGCCUCGGAGACCUCGUCGCCGUCAACGUCAAGAACCAAAUGGGUGGCACGGAGUCGACCAUCCAUUGGCACGGCAUACUCCAGGAGGGAACCCAGUGGAUGGACGGAGUGCCGAAGAUCACUCAGUGCGGCAUACCGGAGAGCAGCAGCUUUCGAUACGUUUUUUUUGUCAACGAGUCCGGGACCUACUUCUAUCACAGUCACACAGGUUUCCAGAAAACCAACGGACACAACGGAGCGCUGAUAGUGAGGCGGCCGAUCAGUGACGAACCGGCAAGGAAAUUGUACUCCGAGGAUAAAUCCGGUCACGUGAUGGUUUUGACGGACUACAUGCACGAGUAUGCCGAAUUGUUCUUCCCCGGGCUUUUAACCAGAAAUCCGGGAAUAGCACCGGCUACCUUUUUGAUCAACGGUCUCGGCCGAUGGCGUGACCCGGCAACGAAUCGGACGACCCAGACACCCUUGGCUACUUUUCACGUCAAGGCCGGAAUCUCUUACCGUAUGAGGAUCAUCAACGCCGCCAGUAUGAUUUGCCCGAUGCAAUUGCAGAUCGAAAAUCACACCAUGACCGUCAUCGCUACCGACGGAAGUGACGUUCAACCUAAGACCGUCGACGCGUUGGUUUCCCAAUCGGGUGAACGUUUCGACAUCAUUCUCAACGCUAGUCAAACGUCCGGUGCUUACUGGAUCUAUGUCAGGGGACUGUUCGUCUGCAACGACGUCGAUCGCGUCGACCAGGUUGGGGUUUUGUCCUAUGGUACCGCAGAUAACGCGACGGGGAUUUAUCCUGACACACCGGAGCCCACGCAGGAUAAUCCUCUUCCAUUCGAAAUUCGUCUUAAUUACCCGAACGCGUCGUGCGAGGCGUCAACGACUGAAAUUUGCGUGAGCGAGCUGGAGGGAUACGAAGACUCGUCGCCGUCGGAUAUCCUCGGCGAAACGGACAUCACACGGAUGAACGUUACCUUUGGAUACUGGGAAUGGACAGUGGAAACGCUGCACGGAACAAUCAAUCACCCAGCAACGGAGUUCAACCCAUUCCAACUGAGGCCUCCGGUGAUAUUGGAAACCGGAAUAAUGAACGGCAUCUCGAACGAAUUCCCCGACACUGUAAUGAUGCUGAACAGAAGCUCAAACGCGAGCUUUUGCAACGAGCAAAACAAACCCUCCAAGUGUGCAAAUGGCAGUUUUUGCAUCUGCACCCACGUCAUAGAAUUACCGUACAAGGCUAACGUGGAAUUGGUCUUGUUGGAUAUCAAUGCUCUUUCUUUUCCACCGCUGUCCCACCCUUUCCAUUUACACGGCUACAAAUUCUACGUUAUGGAAAUAGCGCGCAGCAACGAAUCGCUGACGAUGACGGGGUCGCAGAGUCCAAAUAAAAUUCCCCCGCUCAAGGACACGGUUCUUAUACCCCAAAACGGUUCGACGAGGAUUAGAUUUUACACUGGAAAUCCAGGCGACUGGCUUUUCCACUGUCACUUCGAGUGGCACAUGUCAAUUGGAAUGUCGGUUGUCUUCAGAGUCCAUGGUUCCGUUCCCCCACCCCCUGAAAAUUUCCCGAGAUGCGAGAGCUUCGAUCCAAUUGCUUCAUGUAAUCGGAACUGCUCCUCCAACUAGGCAAGGUCUCCAACUUACCACCGCCUGGUUUAUUACCUCCUGCACCUGAAACCUGCGAGGUUCUUGACGCCGGACCAAUUUGUGAUUGAAAUACUCAAGGUAACUUGACUGGUGUAAAGGUCGCUGAUAUUAACACUUCCGUAAUAAAGGGAGAAAUCAGUUGCGUAGAAAAUAUUCAUCAAGGAAUCUUCACCGAUCGAUUCGUCGACUUGACAUACGUCGAUGAUUCUGAGGAUAUUCUCACUUUAAAUAUAAAAGUAUGAAAAAAAACACAAAGCAUUUUUUGAUGGGAUUCAGGAGUUGGUGAAAAAACUGAGUAAUAAAAAAAUCAGGUUUGAGAAAAAGGUAGUAUAAAUAUUCUAUAUAUCUAGGUAUAAAAAUAAAAAUGGCAUGUACAUGACAGAUGUGAGAGAGACGCACAGAGGAAAGGGAAAGCGAAUAUUGAAAAAAUGAAGGAACCAUCUGUAGAAUGAGGCAACAACUUUCAAGCCGUGUUGUUAUCCGGAGAUGGUUCGAUGUAUUUUUGACGAUACUUUCCGUCCGGGUCAUACUUUCCACAAAGCUGAUCCCACUCGUCCUGCCGGUUUUCUCUGAAAUUCAAAUAAACAGCAUUAAUCGAGAAUUUUCUCCCUCCUCCCUCCCUCACACACACACACGCACACACACACACACACAUACAAAUGCUGUUUACUUCAUGCACAUCUUGACAUCCACCUCUGACUUGUAAAUCUGUCAUCAAUUGCUGCAGUUCAUGUAUUAGUCGGUAAAACUUGUUAUUGCAUUAAAAAUCAAACUACUGGAGUGGAAAGAUUGUUGCUUGAUUGUCGUGACAUGGCUUCAAGGUGAACCCACUGAACUCUGAACGCAUUCUGGACUUUUCGGUUUUGCGUAGCACUACCUAACUGAUUAUUCCUGAGACCGGCGCUGGAGCGAUGACACGUUAAUCGGCACGAUUCAAAAAAUAAAACAAAUGAAGAUAAA